GCCAUUGCAGCUUGCCCCGCCGUCGCGUCCGCUGUUGUCGCGCGCGGAUAGCCGUAUCCAACUCUUCUCCGAACGACUUGAAUAUUUCUUUUGAUCCAUCAUUGAUUUGCACCUACUGCUGCUUCCGUUCCUGCCGUCGCCGCCAUGUUCUGGUCCGGGACACUCCUCAGUGCCACCGGCCCCUUGGCCAAGGCAUGGCUCUCUGCCAACCAAGAGCGCAAGAUAUCCAAGGUUCAAAUUUUGCAGCACAACCUGCAAGACAGCGUGGAUGCCAUCAUCGCUCCCAAUGACGCCCCUCUCGCCCUCCGGCUAAGCGGCCAGUUGCUGCUUGGCGUCGUCCGCAUCUACAGUCGCAAGGCGCGUUAUCUUCUUGACGACUGCAACGAGGCCCUGAUCAAGAUCAAGAUGGCUUUCCGGUCCACCGGCAACCAUGAUAUUCCGACGAAUUUGCAUGCGACUACCAAAGAAUCCCUCAUGCUCCCCGAUACAAUUACGCCAUAUGAUAACCUCGACCUCCUGCCACCACCCAGCUCCGAAUUCCUCACUUCACAACUCGAAGAAGUGACAGCGACCCCGAUCAGCAGCCGAAAAGCUGCCGUUCGCCCAAACAACCGCGACAUCAACCUCCAAGAAGACUUCAACAACAGCCAGUACCUGCAGGAUACCACAGGAGACGAUGAAGAGCUCGCCCUUGCAAACAUGGACGACCUCGAUUUGGAGUUGGACUUUGGCAUGGACAUUGAUGAACGGCCGACCAAACUGAUGGACAAGAGCGUUGAAAUGGGCAGAGAUGCGCCCGCUGCUAGGCCAGUCGAGGAGGACAUGCUCAGCGAGCUGGAUAUGGGUGGCCCAAGCAAGGAUCGUAAGGCGCGCGUGCCGUCUCUGGCCCUCGAUCUCGACUUUGGCGAUGGCGUUCGCGUUGCCGACGGGGAUGGUGAUAUCCAAAUGGGCGACGAUGACCUCCGGUUCGACGUUGGAGAAGAGUCCGCCAUGCCCGGAGCCGCUCGCCCGGACGUGAGCCGUGCGCGCAUCUCCGAGUCUCCAUUGUCUGACAUCGACGAGCAAUUUGCCAAGGAGAUGGAAACGGAGUAUAGCCGACACAUGGGCUCGGAUAUGUACGAGCCAGGCGAGGAUGCCACGGCCUCGACCAUUCGGGCCCCCCAGCGGCAGAAGAAGAAGAAGCUGCUUCAGCCGGACGACCAAACUAUGCUUUCGAAUUCCCAGAUCAAGGAGCAGCAGGCGAAGCGGGAUAACAUUCUCAAGCCCCAAUCGUUCCUGACGCACGAUCCGUACGUUGCCGGUCUGAUGGAUCUGCACAAGAACGGUGGCUUCGUCAACAACAUCUUGUUCGAGGGCCGCAGCGCUGGCUGGGCUCCGGAGCUGAAGGGCCUCUUGUCCCUCAGCUCUAUUCGACCCAACGAGCUGAAGAGGAAGAGGGACAGCGGCGUGGCCGACAUGGACAGCGAGGAUGAGCAGGGUGCGUCAAAGUCUCCGCGCCUCGAGCUCCCCGAGGACGAGACCGUCCUCGGCCCCGACGGGGCCAUUGCAGGGAAUCAGAGCGUUGCCGCGGACGGCACAGUGCUGGAAAUCCCCGCUGACGACACCGCCGUCUUCCACAACGACGACGAGAACGAGCGGCCCGGCUCCUCCAGGGAAGGCGGUCCGGGCAGCCCGGUGCCCAAUUUCGAGGACACGACCAUGCCGAUCGUGCACCCCGCCGACAGCGGCCCCGUGUCGGUCGGCACCAAGCACGCCGUGCACGUCCUCCGCGACCUGUUCGGCGCCGAAGCCGCCACCGACGCCGAGAAGCGCAGGAAGACGGCCGUCGUCUUCCAGGACCUGCUUCCCGAGCACAAGACCUCCAAGGCCGACGCCACCAAGAUGUUCUUCGAGUGCCUCGUGCUCGCCACCAAGGACGCCAUCAAGGUCGAGCAGCCCGACGGCUCCCUCGGCGGCCCCAUCCGCGUCCGCGCGAAGCGUGGCCUGUGGGGCGACUGGGCCGAGCGCGAGGCCGGGGGUGAGCCGGCCCGCGAGCAACAGCAGACUCAGCAGAACCAGCCCGAGAGCGCUGUCCGGUCGUCUGCCGCGGUGGCUGUCGAGGCGUAGGCUUCGUUUGUGGAGGAUGGAUGUGUAGAGAAGGUCG